AUGUGUUCCCACUUCCCACGUAUUAUCAUUGCUAAAAGUAAUUUCGAACAAUUUGAGGAAACUGCGUAUGCAAAUCCUCGUUAUUUUCGAAUGAACUUUAUUAACGGUCAAAUUGAAAUAAUGCCUGUUCACAACGAAAUCGGAUUAGAUCAAAUAGAAGCAAGAAUAAUUGUGAGAGCUGGUGGCUGGUGCGAUGCUAACCCCAACGUGAUUAGACAUUAUGGUUCCCAGGCACAUUACGCAAGCGAGAUGUUGACUUUUUUCCAUGUUGCUAAUAUCACGUCUUUUGUCUAUUAUAUGUUAUGCGCUACCUUAUGA